GAUGUGCCAUGGCCCAUUCGUGGUGAUGUAACUCGCGUUUGGGAGUCGCCGCACCCUGCCCCAAUCCCUCCUCGCUCUGCUCCUCCGCCCUCCCAAGUCCGCGUGUGUCGCACAUAAAUAGCCUGCCGCAAGUUGCCUGCGACUCCGAGAGGUUGCGAGAGAGAGAGAGAGGGGGGACGUCGCAGACCGAACCCGCUAAAGUUAAAGUUUGCAAGCGCUGAAGAUGGAAGGCACUGGCCAUCAUCGCACGAGUCCCAGCGAAUCGACGGUGCUCGACUUCUUGGAGACUCACCCCGAGCUACUGGAGUCGCACAUCUUGGGCCACUGCACUGCGGACCAAGUGAAUCGCUGGCUGUGCAAGCUGCAAGGAGGGGGUGGCGGGGGCCUGGCGAGCUCGCCAUCAAAGAGUCGCUCCUCCCUGCUCGCCCGCCGGGGUCGUCCGUUUAUCAUCGAUGUCCACCUGGGCGACUCCUAUCGCUUUGAACCCGACCGCGAUGAGCUGAGCCUGUCCCUGCGCUUGGGCCCAAACCCACGGGAGAGUGACAGGACCCUGAUCCUGCUCAGCUCGAACGGCGCCGCCAACGGGGACGGCGGAGGCUGGAGCCUUGACGUGGAGCCGCUGGCGGCGGCGGAGGAGGAGGAGGAGGAGGAAGCAGCGAUAGAAGUCCCCGAGCCCGGCACCACGGCGUGGGAGGAAAGACAAUCGCUGUCUCUCGACCUCUCGGCGGUCGCGAUUGGCGGAGGCGAAGCGGGGGGCCAUCCGGCGGGCGGACGGCUGCGUCUGUCCGUGAGGAGUCCCGCGGACGCCAUCGUGGGGGAGUACCUCCUCAGCCUGGAGCUCGUCGUCGGCGUGGAGCCCCUGCAGAUCACAGGCUUCCCCGUGGGCAAGGUCUGGAUGGUGUUCAACCCGUGGUGUCCCGGGGACGCCGUCUACAUGGAGGAUGAGAUCGGCGUGAAUGAAUACGUCCUCAACGAGAAGGGGCUCGUCUACAUGGGCUCCAACGACUACAUCUACUCCAUCCCGUGGGACUUCUCGCAGUUUGCAGAUCGGGUGGUAGAAAUCUGCUUCCAGAUUAUGGACAACAGCAACUCGGCACUGGACGACCUCGAGAAGGACGUGCCGAGACGCGCAGACCCCAUCCACGUGAGCCGUGUCGUGUCGGCCAUGAUAAACUCCAACGACGACCGUGGGGUGCUCAACGGGCGGUGGAACGAGCACUACACGGACGGCACAAACCCCAUGCACUGGACCGGCAGCGCGAACAUCCUCCGGCAGUGGAGCGACAGCGGCUUCGAGCCGGUCCGAUACGGCCAGUGCUGGGUCUUCGCUGCUACCGCCUGCACCGUGCUGCGCGCUCUGGGAAUCCCCAGCCGCUGCGUGACCAACUACCUGUCGGCGCACGACACGGACGGCAACCUCGCCUGUGACCGCUUCUUCCGCGAGGAGGACCUGCAGCAGGUGCUGAAGGGGCGCAACGACUCGGUGUGGAACUUCCACUGCUGGGUGGAGAGUUGGAUGGCGCGGCCCGACCUCCCGCCGGGGAACGACGGCUGGCAGGUGAUCGACCCCACACCGCAGGAGCGCAGCAACGGCGUGUUCUGCGUGGGGCCGGCCCCCGUGGUGGCGGUGAGGGACGGGGAGGUGAGGCACCCGUACGAGGCGGCGUUCGUGUUCGCCGAGGUCAACGCCGACGUCGUGAACUGGGUGGUGACGGCCGCGGGAGAGAAGCGGCGCGCCAACUGCUUCACGGGCUUUGUGGGGCAGAACAUCAGCACCAAGCACGUGGGCUCGGACGAGCGGGAAGACAUCACGCACCUCUACAAGCACCCCGAGGGCUCGGCGGAGGAGCGCGAGGCGUUUGAGCGCGCGGGGCGCGGGGCGCGCGACGCUGCCGUGGUGCUGCGCGACCUCGAGGCGCUCAUCAAGCUCAGCGCCUCGGCCUUCGUGGGCAGCAACGUGGACGCGCACACGGUGGUGCGCAACCGCUCGGGGCGCGACCUCACGCUCACGCUCACCUCGGCCGCCGCGGCGCUCACCUACACGGGGCAGUGCGGAGCCGAGUGCGGCGCGCGCUCCUGCAGCAUCACCGUGCCGGCCGGACAGACCGCACGCGAAACCCUGCGUGUGAAGUACAAGGACUACGGGGAGCACCUGACGGACCAGAACCUGCUGCGUGUGACAUCGCUGCUGGAGGAGCCCUCGUCAGGGCAGCUCGUCAUCAUGGAGAGGAACAUCACGCUCAAGAGGCCCCGCAUCACCGUGGCGAUUGUGGGCGAACCGAGACAAAAUCGGAAGAUAAAGGCCAGAAUCUCCUUCACAAACCCUUUGCCUUCCAAGCUUAUCCACUCCGUCUUCUCUAUCGACGGCGAAGGCCUCACAAGUCUGCAGAAAAUCCCAGAGCCAGCUGCCGAGAUCGGCCCUGGGGAGACGCUCACCGUGGCGGCGGAGUUGGCACCCAGCCGACCGGGAACCUUUCUGCUCUCGGUGGUCUUUAACAGCGACCGCAUCAGGGACGCCCACGAGAGCAAGAGGGUCAUUGUGCGGCCAUGACGUCGUCCCCCUCCCUCCCCUACCCCCCCCCCCCCCCAUUUUUCCACCGAUACAAAUGCUUUGCUUAUACACAGGAUGCUUCAAUUUUUUUUAACACUUCUGAGACUUUGCAACAAUGGCACAAGAAAUGUGCCUCUGGGCUCUGGAGACCACCUGGAGAAUAUUCCAGGCACGUGUUGACAAUGAUGGCGAACACAAAUCACCUCUUUCCUAAACAAUUGCAGAAGUGUUAAGAGAGAGGUUGUGCCAGAACGCGUAAGCUCCGCUGCGUGACACUUAGGAUGGUGAGAGAGUGCAAGGAAGUGUUUCACAGAACCACUCCCUCGAGUGACCUGUUAUCCAUAUGCAGCGGAUGUCAUUUGCCUCACUUGCCCCGCUGUAACGAUUGUUUUCUCGCAACGCAGUCGGUCAAACCGAUGCUAGUAAUUCUCAGCUGCAAGUAGGCAAAUAAAGUGGGGGGGG